AUGACUCGCAGGCGGUCCCAGCUAUUGUCUGUUGCUGCUGGGGCAGCGCUCUUGGCUGUGCCAGAUGCUGCGCAUGCAAUAGUAAAGGGCUUUGAGCCUAUGGCUGCGAUCAAAGGGAAGGACUAUGGGAAACAACGACAGAGCUAUUCAGACUACACCCGCACAGAGUCAGGUCUCCAGUAUCAGGAUCUCAGAGAAGGCACUGGGAAAGGUGCAAAACCAGGAGCGCAGGCCAAAGGAGGCUCGUUUGCCAAGGACAAGGACUUCUUCCGGUUCACGCUGGGGAGAGGGGAGGUCAUUCCAGCCUUUGAGGAGGCGGUGCUGUCCAUGAAGGAAGGGGGAAUCCGGCGCAUAGUGGUGCCCGUGGAGCUGGGCUACCCAGACUUUGACAUGAACAAAUUGGGGCCCUCCCCCACCACCUUCUCUGGGCAGCGAGCGUUGGACUUUGUGUUGCGGAACCAGGGCCUCAUCGACAAAACUUUGCUGUUUGACAUUGAACUUGUCAAGGUAUCGUGA